AUGUUUCGCAAGAAGAAAAAGAAGAGGCCAGAGAUAUCAGCUCCAAAAAACUUUGAGCACCGUGUUCAUACUUCGUUUGAUGCCAAACGCGGCUGCUUCGUGGGCCUGCCGACACAAUGGCAAAGCCUGAUAGAAAACCUGCGGCGGCCCAGACCUAUGGUGGACCCUUCCCGGAUCACAGAGGUGGAGCUGAGGCCAAAGAAGACUAUUGUCCGUGGAAGCAUGAUUGGUCACGGGGAAUACAUCUCUGCCAUGAUCAACGACAUGAGCCGCCUGUCUGUGACCAGCUCCAACUCUUUGCGGAAGAGUAGCCCUUCAGCAAGAAGGAGAGCCCAGUCUUUGGGAAGGUUGGGAGAGGAAAACGAAGGGGACGGUUACCAAUAUGAGGGCCUAACCCAGGAUGAUGAUGAUGAGGAGAUGGAUGAUGGUCAGGAUCACUGGAGGGACAGGGGAAGGAACAUUCACAGUGAAACCAACACCCCCUAUUUGGGUAUGAAGAAGAGCAUCACUUUGCAGCCCAAUGGGAUCUUGCCAAAAGCCAAAUCAACCUAUGAGGUUGGUGUCAGCUCAGUGGAGGGACCCUUACCACCUCCACCAACCCAGAACAUCCCAGCACCAAGCCAUGGACCAUAUAUGAGCGGGGAGAUUGGAAGUCCUCAAGAAAGGCUAAUAUGGAAAAGAGAUUUCCAGCUUCCCAGAGGAAUGCCACCAAAUCAGAGACCCGUAGCAUGUUUUUACAGCCCUGCUGUGACGCUACAGCAGCUCCACGGAGAUCAAGGGACCACUGGAACGGAGCUCAGACCCAACGUAUCCAUGUACAUGCAUCCACAGAACAGCCCAGGGAGGCCAUUCUCCUCCUAUGACCUAAAAGCAGAGUCAUCAGUGAGAUACCACUCUGGUUUCCUGCCGACUGGCACCAGCAGCCCUCUUGUCGGAGGCAUGAGACCUCAGCGCAUGGUGCGUUCUUCAGCAAGCUAUACUCUAGGACUGUCUCCUAAUAUGGGUCUGAGGCCCAGUGUACCAGACCCCUUCCUCAGGCAUUCUGGAUGCCCAAACCCCCCUUAUCCCCGGCAGGACAGCCCAUCCCAACCUCGACCUUCACCCACAGGCUCAUUAGCCACCAGUCCUCCAGGAACCUGCUCACCUGCUUUUAGACCGCCUCAAUAUCCUGCCCCCCGACCGCCCCCUGACCCGCCCAAGGUGACACAUGAACAGUUCAAAGCAGCUCUGCAGAUGGUGGUGGAUAAGGGCGAUCCAAGGACUUAUCUAGAAAACUUUGUGAAGAUCGGGGAGGGUUCCACAGGGGUGGUGUGUAUCGCUACAGAAAAGCAUACUGGAAGACAAGUUGCUGUGAAGAUGAUGGACCUGCGGCGGCAGCAGCGGAGAGAGUUGCUUUUCAAUGAGGUGGUUAUCAUGAGGGACUAUCAGCACAAGAAUGUGGUGGAGAUGUUCAAGUCUGCCCUGGUUGAGGAGGAGCUGUGGGUCAUCAUGGAGUACCUGCAAGGAGGAGCGCUAACCAACAUCGUAUCGGAAACAAGGCUGAGUGAGGAGCAGAUUGCCACAGUGUGCGAGGCUGUUCUUCAAGCUCUGGCCUAUCUCCAUUCACAGGGCGUCAUUCACAGAGACAUCAAGAGUGACUCUAUCCUACUCACACUAGAUGGAAGGGUGAAGCUGUCAGACUUCGGUUUCUGUGCCCAGAUCAGUAAGGACAUCCCUAAGAGGAAGUCUCUAGUAGGGACACCUUAUUGGAUGGCUCCAGAGGUCAUAUCCAAAUCCCCAUAUGGCACGGAGGUUGAUGUAUGGUCCAUGGGUAUCAUGGUGGUGGAGAUGGUGGAUGGAGAGCCCCCAUACUUCAGUGAAACACCUGUAGCAGCAAUGAAGAGGCUCAGGGACGAGCCAGCUCCAACUGUUCGAAAUGUCAGCCAGAUCUCUCCAGUUCUCAAAGACUUUCUGGAUCGCAUGUUGACUCGUGACCCUCUGGAGCGGUCCAGCGCCACUGACUUGCUGGAGCACCCCUUCCUGCUGCAGAGCGGUUCACCUCAGUGCCUGGUCCCACUGGUGGAACAAUACCGGAAACGCAUGUCUCGCUGCUGACCCGUUUGAGUUAAAAUUCCCCAAACGGCCUAACUUCAGCCUUCUCUGUACUGUACAGGCCUGAUGAAGAGGACAGGAUCCAGCAAUCCUAAUGUGGUUGACAGCUCCAUGGAAGCAGACCCAGGCAGCACUCUGCUGCCAGCAUCAUGGCGGCUAGUUUGUUUGUCAAGCGCGACGUAGUCUGGGGCAUGUGAGAAGCACUUUAGAAAUGAGCUAAAGGCAGCAUGCAAGUCCUCACCUCUCAACUCAAUUGGCUUCCUGCAACUUUCAGCAGAUUGACAUGGCACAAUAUGGUGCAUGAUGCACUGACAACAGAAAUCUAUCUUUCACAUAUUCCUAACAAGUACUACUCUAAAACCCCUUUGUGGUGUUUUGAGUAGGUAUUAAUGCAAGCUGUGCAAAACUCAUUAGGCUCCAACCACAGUAGCUCAUUGUGACAGAAUAAAGGUACCUCUGCACAUCCUCUCUGUUGUGGAAAUUGGACGACGACACACUCUUUGCAUGUCCAAAUGGAGGCACACCUGGCCUGAUGUGAAUGCUUGAAAAUGUAAUGGAGAUGCGAAAGACAAUUCUCUAUAUUAGCAUAAUAAAUGGGUAAAUAAAAGCCCAGCUGCUACUAUUGGACCACUGG